AAAAUGGGCCUGGAUAAUGAUACCCGGGGGUGGGUGAUGAGCUGUGUCAGUGGCAUUGCUUGCGUGCUUGGGUCGAGCAUUAUCUGUGUGGAUGUCAUUGCGAGGAACUGCUUUGGGUUGAAGAACUUCAAAAUCUCAGAUAGCAAUGUAUUUCUGUCUGCCUCGCUGAGUCUAAGCGCAGGAGUGUUGCUUUUCAGCUCUCUCUACAGCGUGUUGCCAACGUCCAAAGAUUAUUUUGUUAAAGCUGGACUCUCUUCUAGCGCAGCCGCCUCCGCUUUGAUCGGACUUUUUCUAGCAGGGAUGGUUAUCAUACAGCUCGUUUCGUCAUUCAUCCACCGUCAUAUCCCGUCUCGUGUGGUUGAUUGUAUGCACACGCAUGAACACUUUCUAAAAGGGCCUGGAGCAGCAAAUGGGAGCACAGAAGAGACUCAACAUCACCAUUCUCAGCCAAAUCCAGCUUUGAAACCUUUGACCACCGUUCCCACUGAACAUUCGUCAUUGCUUCCUUCCAACGCCGGAUCCGAAGUGCCGUCCACCCACCGAACAUCAGUUCAAAACUCAAAAUUACCAGUCGUUUCCCGUAUAAAAUGCAAACUCAGCUCUCUUGUCCCUGGGAACAAGCCAUUCUGCGACCAGGACGGCACCUGCUAUGGUAUCUCCCACGUAUGUGGAGAGGAAUGUGCCAAAAUUAUAACUCAGCGGCAUCCAAAAGAAGUGGCAUCCAGAGAUAGUAUUACUAUCAGCCCGCAAACACUUGAAGCGGGCUGUGGUGCUUCGAAUCACCAACUUCCCUCCCGCUCGGCAUCAGGCAUACACCAAUCAAGACCCGUUUCAAGAGACGGAGAUACAUCUCUUGACAUCCGCCAGGUCCGCGGCCACGUUGACGACCGUGCUUUGCUAUCAUCCCACUCUCUGGAUUCAUUCACCCACCAUCACCACGUCCCGCAAAAUGCGUUCCUAGCCAUUGGCGUCCAAACAUCCCUCGCAAUAGCCCUUCACAAACUCCCUGAGGGCUUCAUCACGUACGCCACUAACCAUGCAAAUCCAACCCUAGGAUUCUCAAUCUUCAUGGCCCUUUUCAUCCACAACAUCACCGAGGGAUUUGCAAUGACGCUCCCUCUCUACCUAGCCCUCCACUCGAGAUUGAAAGCCAUGCUCUGGUCCAGCUUGCUAGGCGGCGUCAGCCAACCAGCCGGCGCUGGUCUUGCAGCGUUAUGGAUAUGGGGCGCCGGCAAAGCAGCUAAUGGUGGCGGAAUCAGUGCUGCUACUGGUGCUAAUCCUAAUAAUAUCUCGUGGGCUGUGUAUGGGGGCAUGUUUGCGGCCACGGCGGGCGUGAUGACGAGUGUUGCGCUCCAGCUUUUCUCCGAGGGGUUGGUGUUGUCGCAUAAUCGGUCUCUCUGUGUCGGGUUCGCCUUUUUAGGAAUGGGGAUUUUAGGCUUCAGUUACGCGUUAACCGGAUGAAUAAAAGGAUUGAGGGCGACGAGAGAGGCGAAAUGGUCGAAUCAACUUGCUCGCUGACUUCUCACUUAUUGGGAGACAUGGUUCAUGAUUUUCAUUUCCUUCUCUCUUUCUCUCUUGCUGUUUCUCCCCGUCAUUGUUGUUUUACCUUGCUUUGCAUACCACCUUAUCAUGAUCUGGCUGAUGAUGUCCUUAUUGUUCUUUCUGGCAUUUUUGGGUCGUUUGGGUUCAUGAGUCACAACCCCAUUUUCUAUAUAGACUUGUUGGUUGGUACGGAAUCCUGGUUCCGUGUUCAGUUUGUUCUCAUCAUUUCAUAUUUAACCUUUUAAUUUUCUCCAUUAGAAAUUUACAAUUCGGGUUUGCUUACUAUU